UUAGGGAGGGAAGGAGGGAGAGAGGUCUUCUUUUGUGUGCUUCCUUCUCUUCAUCUUCUUCCUCCUUCCUCCUUUCGUCUUUUCCUAAGAAACAACAACACCACCUCACAGCUCAUCCCUCUUCUCCCUCCGCUUCAAUCGGAUCCCUUCACCCCACCCCCUCCCUCCCUCUCCCCAGAACUCUGUUCUCUCCGGCUCCUUUCUCCAACCCCCAAAACACAUCAACAAUAAUAAAAGAUUUUCCUCUUCUUUUUCACCGAAAACGAAAAAAACAAAAGCAUGAAAAGAACCAACCCCAUGAACGAAACUCACGUCCCCUCGCGGUAAUCGUGAGCAACCGCAAUUCCCCUUCCCUCAAGCUUCGGCCUUUUCAUCUGGGUCGUGUUGGAUUCCCCGUUUCCUGAGCUGGGUCGGGCUCGUUUUCCUGGUCCUCUUGUGGUGGCUUUGAUUUUCUACUUUGAUGGGCAAUGUGACUUCGAGCGUGGCGGCGAAAUUCGCGUUCUUCCCGCCGGACCCGCCGACGUACGAUGUGUUCAGGGAAGGAGGGGAAGACGGGGAGGAGGGGAAGCUGGUGUUCUCCGGGGUGACGGCUGACAAGAACAUGGAAGUCCAUUUGCUCGACACCAAGGGCGGGAACAAGAUUGUCGCCACCUUCUGGAAGCACCCUUUUGCGAGGUUCACGCUCCUCUACUCCCAUGGCAACGCCGCCGAUUUGGGGCAGAUGCAGGAGCUCUUCAUUGAGCUCAGAGCCCACCUCAGGGUCAAUAUCAUGAGCUAUGAUUACUCAGGUUAUGGAGCAUCCUCUGGCAAGCCAUCUGAGUUCAACACAUACUAUGAUAUAGAAGCCGUAUACAAUUGCUUAAAGAGAGAGUACGGAGUUAAACAGGAGGAUCUCAUACUAUACGGCCAGUCUGUUGGGAGCGGGCCCACACUUCACUUGGCCGCUAAGCUUCAGAGACUAAGGGGAGUAGUUCUUCACAGCGCGAUCCUGUCAGGGAUCCGGGUCUUGUAUCCUGUCAAGAUGACACUUUGGUUUGAUAUUUUUAAGAAUAUAGACAAGAUCAGACAUGUGAACUGCCCCGUUCUUGUUAUACAUGGAACGGAUGAUGAGAUCGUCGACUGGUCCCAUGGGAAGCGACUGUGGGAGCUCUCCAAGGAGAAGUAUGACCCAUUAUGGGUAAAAGGUGGGAACCACUGCAACCUUGAGACAUAUCCAGAGUACAUAAAGCACCUCCGAAAGUACAUCAAUGCAAUGGAGAAGCUCUCCGCCACGCAACCUGCCAAGCCCCAAAUGACUAAUACCCCCAGCCUCACUGAGACCCGACAUAACAAGUGCCUCAGAUUCGGGAUAAGGUAGUGACCCUGUUUCCCUCGCUUGCUAGCUCAAUUCCACUUCCUUCCAUGAUCAAAAGCUUUGGGCGAAAAUGGGGAAAAUUCACUAGUGAACACGUGAUUUUGUGCUUGGUCUCAAGGGUCUAAUGAUGUCUGGGAAAAAGUAGUAAUCAGAUGAUACAAGAACUGUAAAGUGAAUGAGAAGUGAAGGUAUUUAAGUCAGUUCAGGUUUCAACGUGUGGAGGCUGUGCAGCCUUUAAGUCGAUUGGAUUGCCGUUCCGUGUCUGAGUGGGGGGAGGAGGAGUUGGUGCUUUUUGAGAUCCUUUGCGGUGUUAAUUAUCUUUGGAUCUCUUAUGUACAAUUUUUAGAAUGGUGUCAGUCUUCUAAUGUAAAAGACUUAGCAAUUUUUUUUGCAGAAAAGAGGAAAUUACACAAAUUCAUGGCUCUUGCUUCUUUCUCUUCGACUCACAUUGAUCCUCGUUUCCGUCUCACAUGUUGCUAUUGUAUUGUUUAGUUCCGAUUCAGUUACUAAGUAAACAAAAAUUAUGGAAGUCUCAUUUCACUCGGCU